GGCUAGGGUAGUUGUGCUUACUGAGUUUAUAUACUUAGAAUUUGCAGGUGUGCUGAUUGAACCUGCUUUGGUUGGAUUGAGCAAUGCUUUGGUUGGAUGCAUAUUGCGUGCAUGGCUCUCUCAGUCAGUAGUGAGGCAUGAACCUCAUUUCAUGUUCCCUGGCUUUACUUGCAUGUCAUUUUAGUAAUGUUGGGCAAAAUGGAAACUAGUGGAAUCUGCAAUCCUGUACAUGAACAAGGGUACCAAUGUCUCGAAGGUCACACACCGAACCCGGAUGGGCCAUAGGUUGCUCACCACUGUAUCCAGAUGUCUGCAUAACAUGUGACUGAUCAAGUCCCUUCUCUCCUUUCCAGAAGCCCCACUCAUGGAGAAGGGGAAUGCUGAUGGACAGCAGGCCAUGCCUUCAGGGAAGGUCCUUUCCCAGCUGCCUGUACUUGGCUUGAGAGCCAAGAGAGGAGCCAGUGAUGAGAACCAGCCUCCAAUUGAACAGAAACGUACCCGACGGCUCCCUAUGCCCACCAGGAGGGUGGCAGCCUCCAUUGCUACCACUUGUUCCAGGGUUUCGGCAGCAGCUGCAGUGCCCAGGGCUCAAAGAGAAGGUCGCCGGGCUUCACUCCGACCAGGACUGGCCCUCCCAGCAGCCUCAGUUGCAGAGGUCAUCAGGAGGCCAGUGCCUGUGGCAGCAGUUCCCAAGAGGGCAGCCCUUGCCCCAGCUGCAGGGAAUGAUGGGAAGAAGCGGGCAGCCUGGGACCUGAAGGGCCAGCUGACUGAUACGCGGGCCAAGAUGAGCGGCUACAAGGAGAAGGUGCAGAGACUGGAUGAGGAGAACCAGCAGCUCAAGAGGCAACUGCAGGAGCAGGUGGCUCAGAACCAGGAACUGAGCAGCCAGGUCAGCACACUGAGCUCCACACUGCACACAUUUGAGGAGCAGGCACGGCAGAGGCACCAGGAGGUAAUGGAACUGUCAGGCCUGAAGAAGCAACUGGAAGACCAGCUCACCUGCCAGAGCAGGACCAUUGGGGAGCUGGAGGGGACCAAGCAGGACUUGUCAGCCCUGCUGGAGACCAGAGAGGUGAAGCUGAAGCUGGUGGAGGGGAACCUGGCCCAGAGGGAGUGUGAGAACAAGGAACUAAGAGACCAGGUGGCAGCUCAGUUGCAGACCGUGGCCCAGCAGGAGGAGCGGCUGCACCAGCUGGAAAUGGAGAGAAGGCGGCUACACAACCUGGUGCAGGAGCUCAAGGGUAACAUCCGUGUGUUCUGUCGUGUGCGCCCCCUACUGGCCUGGGAGAAGGAGCGGCAGAAGGGGCUGGAGCACCUUCAUUUCCCUGUGCAGGACAACAAAGCCCUGGUGCUUUCCAAAGUGGAAGAGUCCCACAUUGGGCGUGACCGCAAGGGUGAUGUGAAAUAUGAUUUCAGCUUUGACCGGGUGUUCUCCCCUGCCUGCUCCCAGGAGGAGGUGUUUGAAGAGAUCGCGCUGUUGGUGCAGUCCGCUCUGGAUGGGUACCACGUUUGCAUCUUUGCCUAUGGGCAGACAGGCAGUGGUAAGACCUAUACCAUGGAGGGGCCAGAUGACAUGAACCCAGAGACUGUAGGUAUGAUUCCUCGGGCUGUGCAGCAGGUCUUCCAAGGGGCACGGCAAUUGGAGCCCAAGGGCUGGCAAUACCAUUUCACAGCCAACUUCUUGGAGAUCUAUAAUGAGUCGCUGCGGGACCUACUGGUGGGACGGCCGGAGCGGAGUGCCGAACUGGAGAUCAAACGGGUCAGCCAGAGCAGUGAAGAGCUGCAUGUGCCCAACCUGCGCUAUGUGCCCGUGAACUCCGAGGAUGAGGUGCUGAAGCUACUGCGAACAGCCAAGGCCAACCGCUCUGUGGCAAAGACAGCUUUAAAUGACCACUCCUCCCGCAGCCACAGCCUUUUCCAGCUACGCAUCGAGGGCUGGAACCCAAGCCGGGACUUGCACAGUAGCUCGGUGCUAAGCCUGGUGGAUCUGGCAGGCAGUGAGCGACUGGACAAGUCCUUCUCCAAGGGGGAGCGGCUGAAGGAGACCCAAGCCAUCAACACUAGCCUCUCUACCUUGGGAUUGGUCAUCAUGGCACUUUCUAACAAGGAGCCCCAUAUACCUUACCGGAACAGUAAGCUCACCUACCUGCUGCAGAACUCGCUGGGGGGAAACUCUAAGAUGCUGAUGUUUGUGAACAUCUCCCCCCUGGAGGAGAACUUCUCAGAGUCUCUCAACUCUCUGCGCUUUGCCAGCAAAGUGAAUGAAUGUGUCAUCGGGACAGCCCAUGUGAACAGGAAGUGAGCACCGGAAGCUGUAGCGGAGGGGGGGAGGAGAUGCUCUUGGUUUUUAAUAGUGGUAUGGAGUGUGGGGGGGGAGUGUCUUGUAAAUAAAACAUGUUUUGCA